AUGUCCACAACAACAUCUAUAGCAGAUCAAAGAUAUUACCUUGAUAUAAAUCAUAUCAAUGGAUUUGAAGAGGAACAACCAGAUGGAUUAAAAGGAUUGAUUGAAUCGUUUGAUUAUCAAUUACUCAUGUUUAAACUAAAUCAUGUCAUCAAAGCAUAUAAACAACAAUGUAUACAAUUACUUGCUGGAACGGUCAUUGCAAUCAUUCCAUUUGUCAUAUUUUUAAUCAUCCAAAAUAGAACUCAAAUGAUUAUUGCAUCAGCAGGUCUAACUUUAAAUUUUGUUGGUGGUAUUGGAAUGAUCAUUUAUAAAAAUAAGCAAAUUAGAAAAUCAGUUGAAGAUGAUUUACUAAAAUUUACAAAUAGAUAUUUGGCACAGGGAAUAUCAUUUACAUUGGAAAAAUACCCAGAACCUAAAAGUUUGUUUUGGGAAACUGUCAUUCAUAUCCAUUCCACUAGAAUCAAUAUUACUGUACAAAAACAAUCAAAUUCUUUAAGAUCUUCAUUAUCAUUAUCAUCAUCGUCGGGAAUUAAAAGGAGUGGUGGAAACAAUAGUGGAAAUGAAGCGAUUAUUGAUGUUCAUGAAUUAUCAUCACCAUAUACUUCUAUACAAACUUCAAAUGAUAAAUUAUCUCUAUUAUCAUAA